UGCACCUAUGGACCGAAGGACUAUAGGAAAAAAUAUGCAACGCCUUUUGAUCCUUCUUCGAUUCCCAAAUCGGGGAAAGGUAGUAGACUUGGUCGAAAACAUACACAACGUGGUUGCACCCAUCAUCUUAGCACAGGAAUCAUGGUUCGUAAAUCAAACCAUGUGUUGGUAUGGUACCGCUAGGUUCAACAUGUGGACAAGGAAGGCAUACCUUGUCAUGGUCAAAUGAACAAUGAGUUUUUGGGAAUGAGGUCCUUCUUUGCACCAUAUAUUAGUGAGCAAUUGCAUCAAUGGGUGGAGUCAUUACUUUUACUUGGCAUGCCCGCAGAUGCAGUGCAUAAAAAACAUAAGCAAAUGGUGCAUGAGAAAAUGACCAUAUUUGAGGGCCAAACUUCUAGGGAUGAUUUUCUCACCAUGGAUGAUAUUGCAAACAUUGAUCGCAAAAUUAAGACAUUAAGAUACAUGUUUCAUAGUACUAAUGCUAUUUCAAUGCAAUAAUGGGUUUUACCAAACACCGAAAAGUGGUUUGCAUAUCAGGAGUAUAGUGCCACUAUUGAUGGAGAUGGGGAAGUCCCAUUUGUACUAGGGAUUCAAUUGCCAGAACAACUUGAUUGGAUGCUUCAAUAUAGCCACAACAACAUAUUGGCCAUGGCUUCUACAUUUGGUACAAAUGCGAUUAAGUUUCAAUUGUAUAUAAUGCUUGUAUUCGACUCCAAGCAUAUGGGGGAGCCUGUAGCAUGGGUCAUUAUGUCCAGGUCUUGUGCACAUGAUAUUGCAUAUUGGAUGCGCAUUCUUCUCCAAUGGGUUCACAUGAAGAAUAUUGAGUGGAGUCUAAAUGCAUUCAUGUUGGAUGAUGCAGGUGCCAAGAUCAAAGCUAUCAGAGAAGUGUUUCAAUGUGAUGUAUAUCUAUGCUCUUGGCAUGUUAGACGUGCGUGGUUAAAGAACUUGAUUGCAAAGGUCAAAGAGAAAGCAAUUAGACAAGAGAUGUUUGAUAGACUUGGAUUUAUCAUGCAUCAUUCAAUGGAUGAGGAUUCAACAAGGAAUGCAAUUCACAUAUUUAUUGAAGACUUUAAAGAUACACAAUCCUCAUUCAUUGAAUAUUUUAAGGGACAAUGGUCCAAUAGAUUGAGUAUGUGGGCUAGAUGUUUCUAUACACUAAAGCAUGCAGGGCAGGAGACAAAUGGUGCCAUAGAGUCAUACCAUUUACACCUAAAGAGAUGAUUCUUGAAAACAAUCGAGUGUGCUACAAGCCGUUGGGUUAAUUGGUUGAUACAUCAGCUAACACCACAUGUUUAUAUCUAUUAUUGGUGGGUGCAAGUCAUCAAAAAACAUGGUUUUUAUAGGAACUUUGAUGUUGAGAAGAUUGAAAACACAUCUUGGGUUCGAGCAUUAAAAAUCUUGGAUGACCAUGUUACAUUUAAUGACAUUGAUGAUUGCACAACAUGGGUGGCAAGUGAAAGCAAUCUUAAUUUUCGAUAUGAGGUGUAUACCUCCUCACUUGAUCUAUCAAUGUGCUCUUGCAACUUUUCAUUGCAAGGAUACUUGUGCAAGCAUGUGAUGAAGGUGAACUUAAUGAGGGAGAGACAAAGACAACAUCUAUCUAACAACUUGCAUGUAGGCCUU